UUUGCAUCACUUAGGAUGAUUGUGAUUCAUGCUGAGGGGACAAGUUCCCCAGCAAGGAUUAGGAGACAGUGGGGGAAAAGGACUCAGUGGGGUUUCCUCUUGGGACUGAUGGUCCUCAUCUAUGGCUCUCAUGCACCACUCAUCACUCUCACCAAAGUAGAUGGCCAAGUUCCUUUCAAUCCUUCAUCGUGUGUUGUCAUGAUUGAGUUGACUAAACUCCUCAUCUCUCUGGCGACUCUUGUUCUAACUGGGGGUGCAUCCUCCUUACGCACCCCUCCAUCUCUCAUCCUUGUGGCCCCAUAUGCAGUCCCUGCCAUGCUUUAUGCCCUCAAUAACAACUUGAUAGUCCACAUGCAGGCCUACAUGGACCCAAGUUCAUAUCAAGUCCUCUCCAAUCUGAAAAUAGCCACUACUGCCCUGCUGUACUCUGUCUGCCUGGGCAAGAGGCUGCGGGUUGCUCAGUGGUUGGGCCUGGGGCUCCUCACGGGUGCAGGGGUGUGUCACAGCUACAGCACCUUAGAUUUUGGGGAUCUUGAGAAGCCUGAGGUCCAGGAAGGUACGAGGCUUCAUAUCACAGCUUGGGGGCUUUUCCUUGUGCUGAUUUAUUGCUGUGUUUCGGGGCUGGCAGCAGUUUACACAGAGAGGGUGCUGAAGAGCCAGAAGCUGCCAUUAAGUCUGCAGAAUCUCUACCUCUAUGUAUUUGGUGUGGCCAUCAAUGGACUCUCUUUCUUCUUUGUCGCAAGUGAAAAGAGCUUUCUGGAAGGAUACUCUGUGUUAGUGUGGGUCAUUAUAGCGGGCCAAGCCGCUAACGGACUGUUGAUGUCGGUUGUGCUGAAGCACGGCAACGGGAUCACUCGACUGUUUGUCAUUUCCUGCUCCAUGCUGGUUAAUGCUCUGAUGUCUUGGGCUGCUUUAGGUCUCCAACUGACUUACUAUUUCCCCCUGCCUGUUUCAAUGAUUGGACUGGCAGCUUACCUUUAUUACAAGUAGAAGAUGGCAAACAUGGUCCAUUCAGCUCAGUAUCAUUACCAUCGCCUUAAAUUUCUGAGGUAUUUUUUCUCAGUUCUUCUUUUCCCUUGCCCUCUGUCACACUGCCUUCUGAGUCUCUGACUGCACUUGGCUUGAGAAACCAAAACAUGGAAGUUUGCAUCUUAUUUUAGCUUUAUUUAUUGUCACGUUACACCCAAUGCAAGAAGACAUGGAUUGAUUGUCUUCAGUAAAAACAUGUCUGAAGAGUGCUGCUAUUGUUGUGUUUUUGUGAUUUGUCUCAUUCUCUGCCAGGGUCAAUAUCAAACAUCAAAGAAAAUGUACUGUGUUUUACCUAUAACAAAUAAAUCCUCUGAAACAGGAUUAUACUUAA